AUGGUGAAGGACUGCCCACAGCGAUGGCCAACAUGUGGCAACUGCGGGAAGUCGGGGCACACUGCGGAUGUGUGUUGGGCCGCCAAGAGGAGUGGUAGUACUAGUACGGCUCAGAGGCCUGAGUUGAGAGGGAGCACGGGGCCGAAGCCUAGCAUCCUCGGGAUAGUCUUUGCUAUAAGUGGGGUAGAGGCUUCACGAUUAGAGAAACUGAUCCGAGGUAAAUGUGUAAUUAAAGGCAGAUUACUUGAUGUACUAUUUGACUCGGGUGCUACGCACUUUUUUGUGUCUGUGGAUUGUGUGAGGAGUUUGAAUUUGUAUGUAACUGAAUUGCCGUGUAAUGUUGUGGUGACUACCCCUACAGAUUGUAGAGAGAAGACCCUGAUCUUCAGUGUAGCAAUGACCGAGGCCCUAAGACUUAUGAGUCAAGGUGCAUGGGAGAACACGGUGAACGCCAAGGCCUUUAUGGUAAUGUUUUCGAUGGAGGCUGAAAGCGUGGUGGAGCUGGAGUAUCUUCCAGUGGUAAAGGAUUUCUUGGAGGUAUUUCCCGAAGGUGUUUCCGAGCUGCCACCUGAGAGGGAGAUAGAGUUUGCUAUCGACCCCAUUCUGGGAGCAAGCCCAAUUUCUGUGGCGCCUUAUAGGAUGUCGCCGGUGUAA